AUGAGCGGCAGAGGCAAAACCGGCGGCAAAGCGAGAGCUAAGGCCAAGACUCGCUCCUCUAGAGCGGGACUUCAGUUCCCCGUGGGCCGCGUCCACAGACUCCUCCGUAAAGGCAACUAUGCGCAUCGUGUGGGUGCUGGUGCCCCAGUGUAUCUGGCCGCCGUGCUCGAGUAUCUGACGGCCGAAAUCCUUGAGUUGGCCGGAAACGCCGCUCGAGACAAUAAGAAGACUCGCAUCAUCCCCCGUCACCUGCAGCUGGCGGUGCGCAACGACGAGGAACUGAACAAACUUCUGGGCAGAGUGACCAUCGCUCAGGGCGGCGUUCUGCCCAACAUCCAGGCCGUGCUGCUGCCUAAGAAGACCGAGAAGCCCGCCAAGACCAAGUAAACGGGCGACAGUUCGUUUCAAACCAAAGGCUCUUUUAAGAGCCACCCACUUCUCCGAUAAAAGAACGAUGCGUUUCCUGUGUCUCCAUGCCGGUGUAUUACAGAUUAAAACUGCACAUUCUGCUUUCAAUUCAUAAACCUGUAUUGGAUUAUUACUGGUUUGAGACGACAAACCGAGUCUAAUGUUCAGUCAAACAGCUGAAGAAUAUUUGUUGUCUCCCGAGUCAUG